CUUAAAUGUGACCUUAGGUUUAAAUGAAAGUAAACACUUUCAGUUUAUGUCUGGAUGAUAGUUUACUGAAUAAAAAUGUCGAAUUUCAACAAGGUUGAUUUCGUUACUGGUAUGCGCCGCAUGGUUUAUGCAGUGACACCAAAUGAAACAUAUUUUGAACGAUUUGAAGAUGUACCGCAUUAUAUAAAUGAGGCGACGCCUUUCUUCUGGGUGUGCAUGAUCAUCGAGAUCCUUAUCUCCGUUGCCAAACAAGACCGGAAGUACCGUCUGAACGACUCCUUCACUUCCAUCAGUGCGGGGAUGUUCUCUCGGCUACCCAUGAUCAUACUGCGCUCAAUCACCCUGGAAGGAUACGUCUGGGUGUACCGGAACUGGCGGCUGACAGAGCUCCCCUGGGACUCCCCCUGGACCUGGUGGCUUACAUUCCUCGGCGUCGACAUGGGCUACUACUGGUUCCAUCGGAUGGCGCAUGAGGUAAACUUUAUGUGGGCUUUCCAUCAAACCCACCACAGCUCCGAGGACUACAACCUGUCCACCGCCUUGCGUCAGUCCGCGCUCCAGAUGUACACGUCAUGGGUGUUCUACUUGCCGCUGGCGUUGUUCAUUCCGCCGUCAGUGUUCUUAGUGCAUCAAGAACUAAACAUUCUCUACCAGUUCUGGAUUCACACACAGUAUAUCCGGUCGUUGGGCCCUCUUGAGUACAUCCUGAACACGCCGAGUCAUCAUCGCGUCCACCACGGCCGCAACCCCUACUGCAUCGACAAAAACUACGCGGGAACACUCAUCAUCUGGGACAGAAUGUUCGGGACGUUCGUACAGGAAGGGGACGAGGUGGCCUACGGACUCACCCACCCCAUCAACACGUUUGAACCCUUCGCCGUUCAGUUUGAUUACACAAGAUAUCUUUUGGGAAGAAUGUUCGGGCUCCCUGGAGUUGUAAACAAGAUCAAAAACUUCCUGUACGGACCGGGUUGGUUACCUGGGAAACCGCGAACCGGAGAUAUAGAAGACAUACCUCAGAUUGAGAAUCCUGUACAGAGAUACCACGUGACUCUGCCCUCGUGGCUGUCAGUCUACGUGUUCGUCCACUUCUUCGUGUACGCCUUUGGCUACCAGGAACUCAUGGCGAGAAAAACAACACUGUCCCAGACGUCAGUUCUAGUUUUUGUUGUCUAUUGCUUGCUCAAUCUGACAUGCUUUGGGAGGCUGUUUGAUAACACAAAGUCAGCAAAACUUUUCGAGCUCCUGAGAUGUGCGCUAUUUUUAGCAGGCGAGACGGUCAUGUACAAAUCGGGCUGGUAUGGUGAUAAGUCGGAACGGCCGAUAUUCGUCGAGGGAUUGCGCGCUUUUUACGCCUUGUCUUGCGCACUUUGGAUUCCGAUCAUACUGAAAUCGUGGCUUCCUCAGGGAAAAGCGCUCCUCAAUUCGUCAGUUGGUGGAAAAAAAUAUCUGUGAUAAUCUUUAUAUUUAAAACAUUUUUUGGGUUGUUUGUAUUCAUCUCCACUUGUUUGUUCCAGUUUUAAUUCUCCGCCGCAAUUGUGUAUGUUUAUAACAUUCUGAUUAUUGUCUCAAUGUGUGCGGAACAUAUUAGAGUGAUAUUAUUAUAUGCUAAUGAAAAAAUAAAUAUUUAUUCAUG